UGGGGGCUGCCCCCCGGAAGUCUCGCGAGAGGCGGCGCAACAAAGAUGGCGGCGCCGGGGACGGAGGCGGCGGCGGGGCCGGGAACGGGAACGGGCCCGGGACAGGUGACCAGCAGUAACGGCGCCGCCGGGGUCGGUACCGGUGCCGGUACCGGUACCGAGAGCCCACCGGGACAGCAGCAGCCGCCACCGGCCCCCAACGCCUGGCAGGUGGUGAAAGGAGUCCUGUUCAGGAUUUUCAUCAUCUGGGCCAUCUCCAGCUGGUUCCGGCGCGCGCCGACGCCGCAGGAGAGCGACGGAGACGGGAACGGCGCCCGCAGCCCCAGCAGGAACCUCUUCCCCAAGGACACACUCAUGGAUCUGCACGUUUACAUCUCGGAGCACGAGCACUUUACGGAUUUCAACCUCAGCUCCGCCCUGUUCUGGGAAAAGCGGGAUUUGGUCUACGGAGACUGGAGCAGCGGCGAGAAUUCCGACGGAUGCUACGAGCACGCGGGCGAGGUGGACAUCUCCCAGAGUGUGCAGCGGAACGGAUCCAUCUACGUCCACGUCUACUUCACCAAGAGCGGCUUCCACCCCGACCCGCGGCAGAAGAGCCUCUACCGGCGCCUGGCCACCGUCCACACCUCCAGGAUGAUAAACAAAUACAAGCGGCGGCGAUUCCAGAAAACCAAAAACCUCCUGACGGGGGAGACGGAGGCGGAUCCCGAAAUGAUCAAGAGGGCCGAGGAUUUCGGGCCGGUCGAGGUCAUUUCCCACUGGCACCCCAACCUGACCAUCAACAUGGUGGAUGACCACACGCCCUGGGUCAGGGGCAGCGUCCCCCCGCCGCUGGACCAGUACGUGAAGUUCGACGCGCUGAGCGGUGACUACUUCCCCAUCGUGUACUUCAACGACUACUGGAACCUGCAGCGGGACUAUUUCCCCAUCAACGAGAGCGUGCGGCGGCUGCCGCUGCGCCUGAGCUUCUGCCCGCUGUCGCUGUGGCGCUGGCAGCUGUACGCGGCGCAGAGCGCGCGCUCGCCCUGGCACUUCCUGGGCCACGAGCUCUACGAGCAGAGCGACGAGGAGCAGGACUCCGUCAAGGUGGCUCUGCUGGAGACCAACCCGUACCUGCUGGCGCUCACCAUCGUCGUCUCCAUCGUCCACAGCGUCUUCGAGUUCCUGGCCUUCAAAAACGACAUCCAGUUCUGGAACAGCCGGCAGUCGCUGGAGGGGCUCUCGGUGCGCUCGGUGUUCUUCGGGGUGUUCCAGUCGUUGGUGGUGCUGCUCUACAUCCUGGACAACGAGACCAACGUGGUGGUGCAGCUCAGCGUGCUGGUGGGGCUGCUCAUCGACCUCUGGAAGAUCACCAAGGUCAUGGACGUCAGGCUGGACCGGGAGCGGCGCCUGGCCGGGCUCGUCCCGCGGCCGCGAUUCACCGACAAAUCCACCUACGUCGAGUCCUCCACCAAAGUCUACGACGACAUGGCGUUCCGGUACCUGUCGUGGAUCCUGUUCCCGCUGCUGGGCUGCUACGCCGUGUACAGCCUGCUGUGGCUGGAGCACAAGGGCUGGUACUCCUGGGUGCUCAGCAUGCUCUACGGCUUCCUGCUCACCUUCGGAUUCAUCACGAUGACCCCCCAGCUGUUCAUCAACUACAAGCUGCAGUCGGUGGCCCACCUGCCCUGGCGCAUGCUCACCUACAAAGCGCUCAACACCUUCAUCGACGACCUCUUCGCCUUCGUCAUCAAGAUGCCCAUGAUGUACAGGAUAGGCUGCCUGAGGGAUGACGUGGUGUUCUUCAUCUACCUGUACCAGCGCUGGAUCUACCGCGUGGACCCGACACGCGUGAACGAGUUCGGCGGCACCGGGGAGACCCCCGCGCCCCCCGCGCCCCCCGCGCCGCCCCCGGCCCGCCCGGAGCCCCCCGAACCCCGCAAGAAAAAGGAUUAAAAACACCCAAAAUCAUCCCAAAAUCCCCCGAAAAAAAAACCCCAAAAAUCCGCAGCGGAGGGUGAAAAAAACGCCCCAAAAAUUCAAAAAUUCGGGAUCGCGGAACGGGGGCGGAGCCUCCGCUGAUGGUCCCGGCUCCUGAUUGGUCAGGCGGGAUUUUGGGGGGUUUUUGGGGGUUUUUUGGGGGUUUUUUGGGGCCGGUGUCGCCUCCCGGUGUCGCCUCCCGGUGUCGUCGCGUCCCCGUCGUGCUGCUCCAUCCGUUCCAUCGUGGGUGUGGUAGGAAAAGUCUCCGCGGAGCCAUAAAAGAGCUGAAUUCACCCCAAAAA